AAAUAACAGUAAUGACCAAACAUCUCCGUCCCUCCCCUCAGAGUCUCAAAUAUGCCCUCAAAAUUCUCAUCGUCGGCAGCGGCUGCGCCGGCCCGGCCCUAGCCUUCUGGCUCUCCCGCUCCGGCCACCACAUCCUGGUAGUCGAACGGUCCCCCUCACUCCGCGACAAAGGCGCUCAGAUCGAUCUCCGCGGCCAAGGCAUCGAAGUCGUAAAACGAAUGGGUCUCCUGGACACCAUCCGAGACAAAUGCGUCGACGAAUCAGGGUUCAACCUUGUCGACAGCAACUCCACCAUCCAAGCCAGCAUCAAAGCCAACACCUCCGGCAAGGGCCGGCAAUCCCUAACCUCCGAAUUCGAAAUCAUGCGCGGGGAUCUAGUUCGUAUAUUCCACGACGCUACGAAUCACAAACCCAACGUGAAAUACAUCUUCGGCAUGACAGUGGAUCACUUCACCCAAGAUACCAACCAGGUCAUGGCAUAUUUUUCCAACGGCACGUCGGAUACAUUCGACCUCCUCGUCGGCGCCGACGGGCAGAACUCUCAAAUCCGAAAAGCCAUCACCCCCGCCACCGCCCCAGACCCAUAUCUCCAUCUGGGCUUCCACGCCGCAUACUGGUUCAUUCCACGCAUCGAAUCAGACACGAACACAUUCACCGCGUACCUAUCCCCCGGAGGAAGAGCAAUCUUCCGACGAAGCCACUCCCCCACCGAAUCCCAAGCAUAUUUCUUCCUCAAAGACCCCUCCCCUGAACUAUCCAGCAUUCACCGCGCUUCUACCUCCCAACAGAAACAAUUCUGGACUCAGCGCUUCCGCUCUGCGGGAUGGGAAACAGAUCGGUUUCUCGACGGUCUACAAACAACGGAGAACUUCUACACCCAGGAAAUAGUCCAAAUACGCACGGACACGUGGUAUAAAGGUCGUGUUGUGUUGUUGGGCGACGCAGCGCAUUGUCCUGCCGUGAUAACAGGGUUAGGGACCACGUCGAGUGUCAUUGGGGCGUAUGUUCUGGCUGGGGAGAUUGAGAAGAAUAAGGGGGACUUGGAGCAGGCAUUGAGGGGGUAUGAGAGGGUGUUGAGGCCGUAUGUGAAUGAGAUUCAGAAGUUGAGUACGUCGGUGAUGACGUUUGCGUUUCCAGUCACUUGGUGGGGGAUUAUGCUGUUGCAGUGGGUUGCGAGGGUGGUUUGUUGGUUGGGGAUUCCGGAGUUGGUGACGAGGUUUGAGGGUGCGGGAGAGAAAGGGGGGUGGAAGGUGCCGGUUUAUGAUAUUUAGCUGACUAUAUAUUGGGAGUUGGGGGUUGUUCAAGUUUUAUGUAUUAUCUAUGUUUGGACAGACGAUGUGAAUAUUUCGUAC